AUGUUUUGUCAGAAACUCACCGGCAGAGCCAAGGUCAAUGUGCCUAGCCGAGAGGAUGCCUCUAUGGGAGGCUUUCAGGUCGAGGAUUCGCAGACCCUUCGAGGAGACGAUGAUGCAUCCAUCAGGGACAAAGAAGAGGAGCCAAAAUACGGCUGGGUCAUUGUCGCUUCGGUGUUCUUCACCAAUGCCCAUACGUGGGGUUUGAUCGGCUCUUACUCAGUAUUCUUAGCCCAUUUCCUACAUUCGGGGCAGUUUUCUAAUCCGGACCCUCUGACCUUGGCAUUUGUCGCUGGACUGUCAUUUUCCGUCGCGUUGCUUGUUGCUCCAGUUGUAACUUGCUUGAAUUCUUAUAUCGGUCCACGACCAACAGUCUUUAUCGGUAUCCUUGUCCAAACAGGGGGUCUUAUUGCUGCUUCAUUCAGCACUCGUAUCUGGCAUCUUGUCCUCUCGCAAGGUCUGGUCUUUGGUGCUGGCGUAGGCUUCAUCGUCAACACUACCGUCAGCAUCGUUCCUCAAUGGUUUCAUGCCAGGCGGUCCUUCGCUGUGGCUGUAACUACGGCUGGCUCUGGAACAGGAGGCUUGCUCUACUCGCUCACGACCCGCACCAUGAUCGACAAUCUAGGACUCGCGUGGGCAUUCCGGAUUCUUUCAAUCGUAUCCUUAACCGUCAACGGCAUCAGCAACCUUUUUCUCAAGAGUCGAAGCACCUCGGUAGGUGCUGUCCACCUCGGCUUUGAUGUUAGCUUCUUCAAACGACCCGACUUUUGCUUGUUCUUGGCAUGGGGCUUCUUUUCUCAAUUUGGGUUUGGAAUCACGGUCUUUUCCAUGGCGGACUUUGCUGAGACGAUGGGGUUCACGCCGCGGCAAGGAUCCAUUGCCAGUGCAAUCUUCAACCUGUCACAGGCGAUUGGCCGUCCCUUGAUAGGGCUAGCCAGUGAUCGCUACGGUAGGCUGAACGUGGGCACCGUCUGCACUCUUACUGCAGCCCUGUCGACGCUUCUUAUCUGGAUUCUAGCCGGCAAGUCCUUUGCGGGUACCAUUAUCUACACACUCUUUGGGGCGUUUGCUAGCAAUAUGUGGACAACAGUUGCUCCGAUCGGUGUAGAGGUUAUGGGACUACAGUUGCUUCCAUCAGCCCUGUCCAUCUUUUGGUUCGUACUUGUCCUUCCUACUACGUUUGCAAUGCCAAUUGCGCUGUCUUUGAAAGGCCAAGGAGACUAUCCUUAUCUCGGAGUGCAGUUAUUUACGGGAUUUUCCUACAUGGCAGCUUUCAUUUCAGUUUGGUUUCUUCGAGCUCUGAAGCUGUAUCGCAUCGACUCGCUUCAGCCAUUCUCAGAGUUGGGGGACCGGGCAAGUAUUUGUCAUGGCGAAGGUGUGACAAGUUCAACGAACAGGUUGACAAAGCUCUAUGAGGGACUCGUUUCGAGACGCAAGGUGUAG